AGGCAUAUUUCCCUCCCAUGUUAACAGCAUUUGUCAAAGUCGUCUUUUUUUUUUCCUUUGUGAAAGUUUUGCUUCUUCAUCUAAAAGAUCUAUCCAUCUUCCCCAAGUAGAUGUAGAUUGUCUCUCUCUCUCCUAUCUCGUUACCCUAACCUAACAUUCUUCCCCUCUUUCGGUUCUCGCCGUCGAUUCGAUUUUCAUCUGAUUUUGUUUCUCAUCAAUUUCUUCGGUAAUGAGUUCCACCGUCGGAGGAGGCGGAUCGGCUGAGCCUUCCGGUGUCAAGAAAACCUCUAAGCGACCAAAAUAUUCUAAGUUUACUCAGCAAGAGCUUCCAGCGUGCAAGCCAAUUCUUACUCCAAGAUGGGUGAUCUUGACAUUUCUAGUCGCUGGGGUUGUCUUCAUUCCCCUUGGAGUGAUCUGCUUAUUUGCUUCUCAGGGAGUCGUCGAGAUUGUUUAUCGAUAUGACACAGACUGCGUUCCACCAUCUUCUAGAAACAACAUGGUCGCUUACAUACAAGGUGAAGGAGAUAAGAUAUGUAACAGAACAAUAGCGGUGACAAAACCUAUGAAGCAUCCUGUCUAUGUAUACUACCAACUUGAGAAUUUCUACCAAAACCAUAGACGGUAUGUGAAAAGUCGAAACGAUGCACAACUAAGAAGUCCAAGCGAAGAGCGAGAUGUGAAGACCUGUGCACCUGAGGAUAAUGUGGGUGGAGAACCAAUUGUUCCAUGUGGUCUUGUUGCUUGGAGUUUGUUUAACGAUACUUAUAGCUUUUCAAGAAAUAGCCAACAACUUCCUGUGAAUAAGAAAGGCAUCUCAUGGAAGAGUGACAGAGAAAACAAGUUUGGGAAAAAUGUCUUCCCUAAAAAUUUUCAGACAGGAGCGCCAAUAGGCGGUGGAACUCUCAAUAUUUCUAAACCGUUGAGUGAGCAAGAAGACCUCAUAGUCUGGAUGAGAACCGCGGCUUUGCCAACAUUUAGGAAGCUGUAUGGGAAGAUUGAGACGGACCUACACGCAGGUGAUACCAUAACGGUCUUGUUGCAGAACAACUACAACACUUACAGCUUCAAUGGGCAGAAGAAGCUAGUGCUAUCAACAACUAGCUGGCUCGGUGGAAGGAACGAUUUCCUCGGGAUUGCUUAUCUAACAGUAGGCAGCAUUUGCUUGUUCUUGGCUGUUACAUUCGCGGUACUGUAUCUAGUUAAGCCAAGGCAACUCGGAGAUCCGUCGUACCUUUCGUGGAACAGAAGUGCUGGAGGUUUACAAUAAUAAUAGAGGUCUUCAGAUCCCUCCAUCGUCAAACGGCUUAGUUUUGGCUUAGCUAACAAAAGAGAAAAAAAAGGAGAAUAUAUAUAAUUUGAUAUCGUUGAAAACAAUUUUUUUUUGUCAUGGCGUUGUUAAGAUACUGGCCAGUAAAUGGUGUUUAGAAAAUAAUGUAAAUCAAUUAGUUAGAAAUAGCAAAUUAAUCAAAGAAUUUCGUUCAGUCUUUA